UCAUUGGUGAACAACCUCCGGUCUUAUGGGUCAGAUGUCUUCUCCAUGUGCAGUGGACUCACCACCUACAAGGCUUAUGAAGUUCACGCUUCCCAAGGACCCCAGUUGAAUCUGGGAUCAUGCAUUACCCUCGAUGUCCUGGGAGUUGUGGAUCUGAAGUACUGCACUGGUAAUUUCCAUGGUAAUGGACAGUCCCAGCAGACAGGUAACAACUGCCAUUUCUCUGGUGCCUGUGUUUACCAAAACAUGACCCUCAGCAGUCAGACACGUGAGGUGAUUAUCGAGCAGAGGAGCGAGCAGUUCUCCUGGAAAACCAUCUGGAACUACAACAUGGACAUCAUUGCAACCAAAGUGGUGCAAGAGAGAACGUGCUACAUUUCCACCAUGAACAGAAAUGAGAUGCCCACCUUUGAUGCUCUCAUCAGAUAUGCUUCAGAGAACAAGAACCAGGUUGGCCUUGGAAGACCUACCAAGAAGAUCACCUUUGUCACCAAUGGAUUGGUCAGCAACCUCAACUCCUACGGAAGAGACAUCACGGCUAUGUGCAGUGGACUCACCACCUACAUGGCUACUGAAGUUCACAAUGCCAAAGGGGUGGGAGGCUCACAUCAUUUAUUCUGCCUUCUGACUCCAGCCCUUGCUGAUUAUCAUCAACAGACUGAAGUAAGCAAGAAAAUCUCCAUUAGUGGAGGCUACCAAAUUAUGACCCUCAAUAGGAAAUGGCUGGUGGCAAGUAUUGAGCAAAAGACCAACCAUGAGUACUGGAAAACCAUCUGGAACUAUGACACAGGCUUUAUGGCAACCAAAGUGCUGCCAGAGAGAGCUUGCUACGUUUCCAUAAUGAACAGAACAGAGAUGCCCAGCUUUGAUGCACUUCCCCAGCUGGCUGCAGACAUCAGGAACCAGAACCGUCCAAGACCCCCUGCAAAGGAGAUCACAUUCACCCUCAUCAGGAGAACCAUUCGUGACCUCGAAUCAUAUGGACCAGACAUCUUCUCCAUGUGCAGAGGGCUCUCAACUUAUGUGGGUUAUGAAGUUCACGAACCCCAAUCCAAUCUCGGAUCGUGCCUCAAGCUCGAUGUCCUUCAAUAUCUGGCCCUCACCUACUGCCACAAUGAUAACUUUGUGUAA